GAUGAGUGACAGGCUUAAACCCCGAGCCGUCGGGCUGUGAAUCACUCCGGGUUUAUUUAAAAACCGACUUCAAAGUUUUGCUGGUUUCUGUCCUCCUGCGGGGAAGUUGGCGAUCGUUUAAUCUCUCGCUCUCUAGCUCUCCUCGCUGAAGCGUGGUGGCGGCUUGCUGCACGGCGGACGUGCCCGCUCCCAGCGCCUCCUGCGAGCGCCGGCGAGGCGGUGCCGGCGGCAGCCCCGCGGCACGGAGCACCUGUAGCAGCGCGGCCCGGCGCCUGCUGAGCUCGGCGUGGGGCGGGGGGCAACGGCAGCCCUCCCGCGAAGCUGAUCCCUCACCCGGGCUGAUCGCGCGUGGCCCCGGUUGGUCCUGGAAACUAGCUGCUCAGCUCUGCUGCAGUACCUGGCUGGCCCUCCGGUGCUUCUGGACUCGCAGGCUGACCCGGCUGAAGAGAAGCCACUACGGGUGGGAGAAGUUACUGAAGUCACUAGAUGCUGAGUUUCACCAUCCAACAUGCAGUGCUGAUGUAGAAAGAGUUGAAUGACUUCAUACUAGGCUGACUGAGAAGCAAGGAUGUUCUAGCUGGAGUUCCUCCUGCUUUGAGGAGCAGAAUGACUCUCUCACAGUCCUCUUCUGAGAAGAGGGCAUAACAGGUCAGCCACUACACUUUCUCCAAGUACCAAUGAGACUCUCUGAGAUCCAGCAAGGCCUGACCAUCUGAUUGUGAGACUCGUCUACAAACAUCCCCCAUUCUCAGGUGUGUAGUAAAAAUGGUGCAAAAGUAUCAGUCCCCUGUUCGAGUCUACAAAUAUCCUUUUGAGCUCGUCAUGGCAGCAUAUGAAAAGCGCUUUCCCACAUGUCCAGAGAUUCCAGUCUUCCUGGGGAGUGAAAUCCUUCAUGAAUCCAGGAGUGAUGAUGGAGCUAUACAUAUCAUUGAACGGAGCUGCAAACUGAAUGUGGAUGCUCCUAGGCUGCUGAAGAAGAUUGCAGGGGUAGAGUAUGUUUUCUUCAUUCAGAAAAACACCGUGAAUUGGAAAGAACGAACUCUCCGCAUUGAAGCCCACAAUGAGACUUUUGCCAACCGUGUUGUUGUCCUCGAGACAUGUAGCUACUCAGUACACCCUGAGAAUGAAGAGUGGACUUGCUUUGAACAGUCUGCCUCUCUCGACAUCAAGUCAUUUUUUGGCUUUGAGAGCACAGUGGAAAAAAUUGCCAUGAAGCAAUACACUUCAAACAUCAAACGGGGUAAGGAAGUGAUUGAACACUAUCUGAAAGAGUUGAUCUCCCAAGGUAUCACAUUCAUCCCCCGUUGGACACCUCCCUCAGAGAGUGGACAGAAGGAUGAGCAAACCCUGGCUGUUGGACACGAUGCUGAUGACGUACCGGUCGAGUGUGGGGCUCGUGGAACUACCAAAGAGCAAGCUGGCAGCUCCUGCUCUCCGACGGAGGCAGUCAGCCCUGAUGCUGACAAACUGGAUGCUGAUUACAUUGAGCGAUAUCUGGGCCAACUGACUCCAAUGCAAGAAAGUUGCUUGAUCCGCCUUCGCCAGUGGCUUCAAGAAACGCACAAAGGCAAGAUUCCCAAAGAUGAACAUAUCCUUCGAUUUCUGAGGGCUCGUGACUUCAACAUUGACAAGGCUCGAGAAAUGCUCUGUCAGUCACUGACUUGGCGAAAGCAGUACCAGGUGGAUUACAUCUUACAGUCGUGGAGGCCCCCCGCCCUCCUCGACGAGUACUAUACUGGAGGAUGGCAUUAUCAAGACAGAGAUGGACGACCACUCUAUAUCCUUCGUCUUGGCCAGAUGGACACGAAAGGUUUGGUGAAAGCCCUGGGAGAAGAAUCUCUGCUCCGACAUGUUCUGUCAAUUAAUGAAGAAGGACAAAAGAGAUGUGAGGAAAAUACCAACCUCUUUGGCCGUCCCAUCACAUCCUGGACAUGUCUGGUGGACUUGGAAGGUUUGAAUAUGCGGCACCUCUGGCGUCCUGGGGUUAAGGCCCUGCUUCGGAUAAUCGAGGUUGUUGAGGACAACUACCCUGAAACCCUGGGGAGACUACUGAUAGUGCGAGCCCCCAGGGUUUUUCCUGUACUCUGGACACUGGUUAGUCCCUUUAUCAAUGAGAACACCAGGCAGAAGUUCCUGAUUUACAGUGGGAAUAACUACCAGGGUCCAGGAGGGCUAGUAGACUAUGUGGACAAAGAUGUGAUCCCAGAUUUCCUGGGAGGAGACUGUGUGUGUAAUGUCCCAGAAGGUGGGCUUGUUCCCAAGUCACUCUAUCAAACAGAUGAAGAGCCAGAGAACUCGGAUCACAUCCGGUUAUGGACAGAAACGAUCUAUCAUUCUGCGAGUGUUCUCAAAGGAGCCCCACAUGAGAUAGUUGUAGAGAUUUUGGAAGGGGAAUCUGUGAUCACUUGGGACUUUGACAUCCUGAAGGGAGAUGUGGUGUUCAGCCUCUUUCACUCCAAACGAGCUCCUGAAACUAGUCACAAAGAAGCCACGUUACCAAGUACCUCUAUUGCAGGGGACAAUAUGCAGCUAAUUGAUAAGACAUGGGUCCUUGGGGUGGAUUACAGCCGUGUGGAAUCUCCGCUGGUUUGUCGGGAAGGAGAGAGCAUCCAGGGAUCUCAUGUGACUCGCUGGCCUGGCUUUUACAUUCUCCAGUGGAAAAUGCAUGGCCCUCUGCCCUGUUCUGGCACUAGCCUCCCUCGCGUGGAUGAUGUCCUUGCCUCUUUGCAAGUUUCCAGUCACAAGUGCAAGAUUAUAUACUACUAUGAGGUGCUUGCAUCCAAGGACUUCAGGGGAUCUAUGUCAAGCCUGGAAUCUUGCAACAGUGGCUUUUCCCAGCUCAGCGGAGCCACGACAUCUUCCAGCCAGUCCCAGAGCAGCUCCCACCUUUCUAGAUAGCAGGGUCAAGGCUACGCUUGGAAACAUUGCUCUGGGCUUCCUGGCUGCUCCUAGAGCUGCUCUGUGCACCCGACCAAAGAGCCUGCAGGGGCUGAGCCUUGAGGCAGCCAUUCAUGUGACCACAGGUAGCAGCCAUUUGGACACAGAGACUUCUGGAAAAUGUUUUCAACAAAGAACUUAAGAUUCAAAUGGCAGAUUUAGAAUUUUUAUAUGGCGUCUACUUAUUAGUUGUCUUUUUCAAAAAUUAUGGUUUUGGAUGAAUAUCAGUUUGCAUGAAUCUAUGUAUUACUGAAGUUUAAAGGGCUCUUUCCAAUCAGUCUUUUUCCUACAAAUGGUAGAAGAGACUGAUGUUGCCUUAUCUGUUAUGAUCUGUAGGACUAGAUUAUUCAUGUGUAGCAAAGCUAAUCUAGUUUUCUCGGUGCCCAGGGUACUGAUUACACAUCAGAAAGUAAAGUGGGCAUUUCAGCAGCAGGGACUUAAAGCAAACUGUAAAUACCUUAAUACAGAUAUAGCAUGUUUCAAAAAUCAAUUCCAGGUCAAACAUAAAACCUCUUCUGAUCCAACUGGAUGCUAUUAGGGAAUUUGGUUUUUUUAACCCACUGAGACACAAAAAUAUAAACUGUUUUCUAGAAAAUAUAGGCAGAGAACCUGCCUCCAGUAAGCAGAAUCUUUCUUAAAGAUAGACUAUUUUUCCUUUCUCCUCAGGUUUACAAGCAAUAAUGAGUAGAUCUGACCCAUCUUAUUCAAGUGGAUGGGAACUGAUUCAAAUUAUAAAGGGCUAAGAAAAGCAAUAUUUUGUUUCCUGAAGGCACAAAGUUUUAUGGCAGUAUUAUAGAAUUUGUUUCUUUAAAACAUGAGCUAACUUGAAGAGAAACCUUUUUUUUUUUUAAAAAAAAAAAAAAAGCAUGUGUGUAUUUAAGCACUUACUGAAGCAUAUUUAUUCAAAUACUAGCUUAUUUUAAAUUAAUUUUUAACUUAUUUAUAAUUUGAAAGAUAUGACUAUUUAUUAAAUCCAAUUACCUUUUUUAAAGGGAUGAACUUUUGUUUUAGAAAGGAAUAACUGAUUGUCUUCAAUCCCAAGAGCAUUUCUAUUUCAGUUCUAAUUUUUGUGAUUGCUGGAUGUUCUUAAGUAAAGGGCUGUAUCAUGUAUGUAUACAUGGCAUAGGGGAUAAGGGCUGCGUGUCAUGUUUUCAUGCAAGGUAAGGCAGGGAUAGUUCCUUGCUGGAAUGGCUUUUUGGACUCUAAAAGGAUGCUUCCUAGUAUUAAGAAGUAAGAAAUUAGUUCAGGAGUUGUAAAAAGGUAGUGCAUCUUGAAGAUGUACCACAAGGAUCAUGUUUGUCCAUAAUCUCCACUGAUUAUGUCAGAGAAUAGAUGUGUAGCAAAGGUGCUAGUGAUCCAUUUAUCACUUUAGAUAGCAAAGAAGUUCUGUGUAUUUUUGUCUAGGUCACAACAAAAUGAAAAAAAUGGAUGUCAAAUGUUGAACUGCUCUUAAGCACUAUUUGCAAUUAGCAGACACGCAAGACUUGUGAUAUGGACAGAUGUCUGCUUCAGGAUCUAGCUGUGCUUUGUGAAGACCUCAUCUCCACCAUCUGGAGGUUAACUCUGCACAAAUCUGUCAACAGAAGGGAUGAUGAGGGCAUUGCCCUGCAUGGCUGUUCGAGCUAUCUCAGCUGAGUGACUGGUGUGACCUCAUGGCUAACCCGGUCUAAAAUGAAUGGGUUUCCAAUCCCUUCUGUUAGAGCUGUGGAACAGUGCAAAUGGCGCUGGGCUGAAGGGGCCCCUGGGGAAACAGCAGAGGUGAUGGUGGAAUUGUGAUUUCUUCAUCCAGCACAGCAAUUCAUGUAUUCAUGGCCAUGCUACUAAGUAAAGAGUUAUUUUCUCCCUCUCACCAAGUCUUACGAAGGGUGAUAGGAUUUUGAAGCACCAAGCAUUGACAAAGGAAAAAAGUGCCCCAAUAGUCGCAACAACAGGAGAUGAAGAAUGUUGUUUAUAUAAGUUGUUUCUGUGGGUUUUUUUUGAGAAACACAGCCAAGAAAGUUAAUCUCCCAGCUUGCAUCUUUCAUUGUGGAAAGCUGAACAGUUAUCUUAGUUAUACAGACCCCCAGGAAAGUGGUUUUUUUUCCUUUGGGGGGGGGGGGGGAAGUAGUCCUUUAAUCUUUACCAUCUCUCUCAGAUGAAUGAAAUUUCUGUCUCACUAUUUCAGCGUAAUUAGAGUCUUGACAUGAGGAAAAAGAAAACUAUUACCUUGCCAUGAAAAAUCAAGAGUUGUUCUGGAAAUAAUUGUGCGUAUUAUGCCUUUAGCCAUAAUUAACUCUACUGCUAACAAUGCACAGUUUGAAACUGAUUUCCAACACCUCAACAGCAAAACCAGGCCCUCCUCUCUGCUCUGUUUCAGGAUUUCAGCUUUUUGUGGCUUGCUUCUUAGUUUGAGUAUUUCAUGGUGGUAAUCUUCCUGUUUUCUGCCUUGCCCUUGGUUUACUCUGGUUAAGUAUCCUUUUUCCAUUUCCUUGUAUUUUUUUUUUUAAUUUAAAAAUGUGGCAUGUGGCACAUUCUUCCCACCAGUAAAAGUUUUAGGUGUUUAACUCUGUCAGUGAGAUAUCUGGAACUUGUUACACUCUCCCAUGUUUCUGAAUUAGCCGGGGAAAAACAGCAGUGAAGGGCUUCGUCCUGUGGAGAGCUCCAUCCUGGUGACUCCUGGGAUAUUACAGAGUCGCAGAAUGGUGGAGGUUGGAAGUAGGCUGACAAUAGUGGGCUUUUCCCUUUUGUCCUUUGGGACUACCAACAACUUUCCUUUUCGUACCUAGCUGUGCUGAUGAAUAAUAAAUAUCACUCUUCUGCCCCACAGGAGACUGCUGCUUAAAUCUAUUUGUGGAGCAAUUUCUGUGAUGUCUCCCAAGUCAAUUUUAGGCAAAAUUGCUUAGAUUAAUUUAUCUACCAAUUUAAAUUAUUUAAUAUGGAUUUUUUCCCUAAUUUGUUUUUUUCUGAAUGCUAACAUAACAGGAGAAAGGGGUAACAGCCUGGAUGUUACGGCUGAUGCUGUACUGUGCUUUUUAAACCUGGCUUUGUGAAAUGCAGAUGCAAGAAAAGCAGAAUUCUUUUAAAACACUUCCCUUCUUCCCUCUCCCCCCAAAAUUGUAUUAGCAUGCUUUAGAAAAUAAGACACAUUUGUUAUUUUCUUCACAUCAACCUCUCCUGAGUUGAGAGCAAGACUGGGAUUCUGGAUUCUGUUGAUUCUGUUCAGUGAUUCCCUGUAAAUCUCGUAAGCCAGCACCUUCACGAACAGACUCCUGCUUUGGGUGCUGAGUUAGAUGCAAUGAGGCCCUCCCUGCUUCUUAGAAGUAUCCCAGCAUCUGUUAUUUCAGAUAAGGUCAGUGAGCUCUGGCUAUGUUCAGGUACUAGCUGGGUACUUAAAAAUUAGCUACUCAGUAAAUUAGGGCUUUUCCCCAUUUCAGAUAUUCCAUAUGUAAAAUGUAAUACCUACCUCAAAGAGCUGUUGCCAUGUUUAAUGUUUCUUAGGUGAUAUGAGAUCUUAAGAGAAAAGACGCUAUGUUGUAGGUACAAAGUGUUAUGCCAUUGUUUACAAUUAAAUAUGGCCAUAUUUGAAAUGUUUAUUCUUAGCAAUUUCUAUGGGUAUGCCCCACCCCACCAUCUACUAGCUUCUGUAACAGCAGGACUGGGAAAGAUCAACACGGAACACUUCAAAAAUGGGAUAUGCAUUGAAAAGGGAUGCCAGACUAGGCUUCUGUCAUUCAGGGCAAAGCUGGGAAUGCUGUAACUGAGUAAUUUUGGCUAAACAUUUCAGUGUUUUUUCAGGUUUGAAAAGGGCUUUUUUUAAAAAGGUUUUAGAAUAGCUUAGCCUUGUGUAAGGACUGAGGGAGACUCUAGUUCAGAAAGAUGCAAAACGAACACUUCUGGCUUCUUUACCACUUGCCAUGUGCCAAGGGUUAAGUUGAAAAACUGCACCCUGAAGCACUCUUGCACUGUCAGCAGGAAGGCACUUAAGAACACACGUCCUUCUUGUCUCAGGCUUCUGGUGUAAUUGCUGUUGUGGGGGAAGCGCAAUCCUGGUUGCAGUAUCAUUAUAUGAGAAAGCUCUAAGCUGCUGCAGUUGCUUUGGCUGCACAGAUGCAUUCACUGCAUAGUUUCAGGCACUGCCUUGCUCAUUUCAGGCUUGUGUGUCUUACCUUGACCAGUUUGGUUGUGUCAAUUCCCUCUGAGUGAGAGUUUUGGGAAAAAACAUCUUUUAAUAAGAAUUUAUAAACCCUGUUUUAAUUAAGUAGCUGAAAUACUAUGUGGAGUUCUGCAUUCUUUGGUUAGCUCUGCAUAAGAAAUGGUACAAGCCUCUAGUUCUGGCUUUGAGUGUUAAGAGAGGGUCUGAAUUAUUUUUGAAGACUUGCCUGGCUUAUUCAUCAAAAAGUCUUGAUGCCAUAAUCCAGUCAUUUUCAACCUGUAACAUUUGUUGCACUUCUCAGUGGGAAGGGAGCCUAACUGUCUACUCAACUCAGGUGUUAAGCUGUUAUGUAUUGACACAGGAGCUAACUCCAGCCAUACUAGAGUCAGAGGAAUCCCUUUCAAAAUGCAUUUGACUAGCUCAUGCUGCUUUAGUAUUCAAAAUGUUUAUACUGUAAGCUAAAAACAGAGCUAUUAGGCUCUAAGGACUAAAAUCAACAGGCAUUUGUCAAAGAUUCCUGCAUGCUAUUACUUUUAAUAUUCUUCCAGUGCAUGUUUGUGAUGAUUCCUAUUCCUAAUUAAUUCUUUUGGAAGGCUAAAUUGGUAUCAUGUGACAUGCAUUGUCUUUUAUGACAUUAACAUCCACUCCCAAGCUAUUAGUACAUAUAAAUUAAAUGGGCAUUAAAUUUUUAGCAACCACUGUAUUUCUCUCCUUUGCAGCUGUCUUUAUUUUUAUAUAUCGAAGUCCUAAUUAUUCUCAGCCAAAAAGACCAAACCUUCUUUAAGAACACACUAGCAAAAUGCAAAGUGCUUUGUAACGUGUUACUUGACAACAAAUCUGAUGCUAAAAAUGUACUUAGUUACAGUAUUUGUAGGUUCUGGUAGGAGCUGUACAUUUCUGUAUGUUGGAAAUAAAGCAUCUCUAAAGAACA